CGCCGGAAUCACCAUGAUGACCGAGGUGCGGAGUUUCUGCUGCGCCUGGAUUUGAUUCACAACUCUGGGUAUGGAUUUACUGAUUUAAAUGGCUUAGCACAAAGUCUCUGGAGGGAAACCCUGAAUUUCCACCUGGAUUAAUGUCUCGACCAUGAGGAUUACCUGCGCUUGGAAAUGAAUCUUUAAGCGCUACAGUGUAGGGUCAGAAAGUACAGUGAAGUAGUAAAUACUUCACCAUCAGUAACCGACAGUGUUCAACUUUAAGAGUCCAGGAGCUAUGCAGACAGCCUGCGUCUGGGUUGCCAGAGCUUCUGUCCUUCAGCUGUUGCUUUGGUCAGACCUCCUGGACUGCCAAUACACAACAGACCACAGGAAGGUUACUGAGAGGGUAGAGCCCCAACAGGAGUUCAGGGCAGAGCAUGGAGAAAUUCAUGGCUCUUGGGGCGCAUGGGGGGCCUGGUCAACUUGCUCCCGGACCUGUGGAAAAGGGGUAGAAGAGCAAAGCAGGCCUUGCCUGCCUGUUUACACUCCAUCCCAGUAUCCUUCCAGAAGAGGCGGUGUUCAGCCCCAGCAACCAGGCCAUGUCAUUUCAGCCCUGCGGCCAACAGUUCCUCUGCACCACAACACAGGCAGGUCCUCCAACAACAGCAGACGCGGAGAUCUGAGGGAGAAGGAGACGCGGCCUGGUGGACGGAGGAGGGUCACUAACAUCAUCCCAGGGAGGUAUGGCUACGGGAGGGCUCCUUAUGUUGCUCCAUUGCAAACAGACACAGGCCAGGGCUCUGGGACGGCUCACCCACACAGACACAGACGCUCUCCUGCAGCUGAUGCCCACCACCCCACCACCAGAGGCCACGGCAGCCACAGAUCAAACAACGCGGACCCCUCUAACAACCUUCAUCGCUACAGCAGACCCUACAUGCAGCCCAGGGCACAGCAGCCCAAAAAUAACCAAAUCUGGGCCCCCCUCUACCAGCCCGGUUCAGCUAACCACCCUCAGGUUCAGCAGGAGCCACAAUCAAGCAGCCAGACGUCUGGACCCCCGCACCAACAGGAAAGACCCUACAACCCCCUGCCUAGCUCCUUCUGCACAGGAGAGCAUGCUCGUUACAGGAUCUGCGGCAGUAAUGCCUGCCCUCCAUCCAGCAGACACAUCAGGGCUGUUCAGUGCUCUUCGUACAACAACCAACCUUUCAUGGGCAGAUUAUAUGAGUGGGAACCUUUCAAUGAAGUUACUGGGGAUCAGCAUUGUGAACUCAACUGCCGGGCCAUAGGGUUCAGGUUCUACGUGAGACUGUCAGAGAGGGUGAUUGAUGGGACGCCAUGUGGACAGAAUGAUACUUCUCUCUGCGUGGUGGGAAAGUGUUCGAGUGUGGGCUGCGAUGACUAUCUCGGAUCAGGAAAGGUGAUGGACAAAUGCGGUGUGUGCGGAGGCGACAACACAACCUGUAGGCUCGUCUCUGGAGUGUUUAAACACAGUUUGUCCAAGAUCGGCUACCACAAGAUAGUGGAGAUCCCAGAGGGAGCCACCAAGAUCAACGUCACAGAAAUGGUGAAGAGCAGAAACUAUCUAGCUCUCCGAAGCCGAUCGGGGCGAUCCAUCAUUAAUGGAAACUGGGCUAUUGACCGACCAGGGAAGUACGAAGGAGGGGGGACCAUGUUCACCUACCGCCGGCCCAACGAAAUCAGAAGCACAGCUGGGGAGUCUCUUCUCGCUGAAGGGCCCACUAAUGAGAUCUUGGAUGUUUAUAUGAUCUUCCAGCAGCCAAACCCUGGUGUCCACUACGAGUACAUUCUACCCUCUGAGAAACCAGUCGGCCCUCAGCAACCAAACCACAGACCAGAAGAGAACACUGUGAAUGGACAGGGUGGAUACAACCAUCAAGGCAACACUCACAAAGAAAACUUCAAUCCAGCAGGUGGAGGUUGGAACCCUCCUCGUCUCCCAGACAACCAGGUUCCCGUCGUACAGCCACCCAGACGCGAGAGAGAGUACAACUGGAAACUGGCUGGAACUACAGAGUGUAGCGCCUCCUGUGGUAAAGGAUUUAGACACUCCGUUUUUCACUGCGUCUCCCGGCUGAACCACGGCCAGGUGUCAGAUGCUUUGUGUGACAGCAGCACCAGACCGACUCCGCAGGAAGAGGCCUGCAACCUGCAGCCCUGCCCAGCCUUCUGGGAUAUUGGAGAGUGGUCAGAAUGCAGUAAGACCUGUGGCCUGGGCAUGCAACACCGGCAGGUCCUGUGUCGCCAGAUUUAUGCCAACCGCACCCUCAAUGUGCACACCAGCCGCUGUCGACACUUGGAACGACCUGAAAUUGCCAGCACCUGCCAGCUGAAGAUCUGCAGUGAGUGGCAGAUACGCUCCGAGUGGACCGCUUGUUCAGUGCCGUGUGGGCUGGGUCAGAGGUCACGAGAGGUCCGCUGUGUCAGCAACGUGGGCGACUUUGUUCCUGAUGAGGAGUGCAACAUGAAUCUGCGGCCCAUCGAUGUAGAGAACUGCGACAUGGGAUCCUGUGCCAAGAGCUGGUUCUACACCGAGUGGGGCAACAAGUGCUCAGCUGAAUGUGGGAUGGGUGUACGUACUCGGGGAGUUCUCUGUCUGACCAACCACAUCAGCAGCCUUCCUCUCGAGGGGUGUGGCAACGAGCGGCCGGCAGACUCUCAGGUCUGCAACAACGGCCCCUGUGAGAAUCGCAUCGAGUGGUUCACAGGCCCCUGGAGCCAGUGCUCUGCAGAGUGUGGCCCAGGCAGCCAGCAGAGGUCUGUGGUUUGUCUGAUAAAGUCAGAUGAAGGAUUCACCGUCAUGCCUCCGUAUGAGUGCUCCUCUCUGGAUCGACCCCUCACCCAGCAGAGCUGCAACCUCAAAGCCUGUGGAGCAAAGUGGUACCACACCGACUGGAGUGCUUGCUCGAAAACAUGUGAGGGAGGGUUCCGUGUGCGGGAGGUGCGCUGCCUGUCGGAUGACAUGCUGUCCAGCGAGGGCUGUGACGAGCAGCUGAGACCAGCAGAGAAGGAGGACUGCAACCCAGAGCCCUGCAUACCUACAAUAGAUGAGAACUGCAGAGACAAAUACUUCAACUGCAAUGUGGUGGUCCAGGCUCGCCUAUGCGUGUACGAUUACUACAAGAUGACGUGCUGUGCUUCGUGUUCACGAGUGACCCACAGACAUUCAGUUCACCGGGGCCGCAGCUAGCACUCUCUGCCAGGGUCCCUCGGCUCCAUGUUGGGCCAGACUCAAUACCCACUGCAGGCACUCCGUUCCUGGGCCAGCCAGGGGAGUGAACCAGCUGGACCUUGGCUAAAAUGGACACUUGUUUGGACUGCCAAGGAUGGAAACUGAAGAAGGAACAUUUCUGUUGGUUCAUUUGGAGGCAGCUGUUUGGAGAAAGGAAUACCUAAGAAAAGCAGAGGACAGGAAUCCAAUCACUGGAUAAACAGAGCCCUGGAGGGGUGACAGAGAUCAGUAGCAAACUGAGGAACUUAACAAAACACUUUAUGGAUUUUAACCACCGAGUCUGAUAUAAAGAAUUCAUCUGUUUUUGUUUCAAGGCAAGCAGCUGUCUUUUACCAGUAAUGGCUGUUCUGGAUUACAUGAUAUGAAGAGGACAGCACAUGUAAACAGGUUAAGUUGGACUGUAUAUAGAAAGUAUAUGUUCUAAUAUGGUUCUUUACACUUCAAUGCUCAGAUUUAUGGCGUGAUGUCAUAUGAAGUCGAUGCAGUCUCUCACCUAUAAUCAACUAUUUAACACCCACUUUGUUGACCAAAGAUGUGUAACCUCAUCAAGCUGAAGACAGUGACAAAUUAACACUUAUCCCUAAGAAACAGAUAUGGUGCCUCAAACCCUCCAUGGUGCUGAUGGUGUGUUUUUUAUGCAGCACACAUUGUUAAUUCUUUGUUGCACAGAUGAGGUUUUUCUGAUUGCCUAAGCAGUGGCAAAC